AUUGUGAAAGGUUUAUGCUUAAACCAUUUUUAAUAAUUAUUAAAUUAGUUUUCUUUUGCCAAAAUUUAGUAUUGCAAAUAUAACGACAGAACAGUGUCUCGUCACUGGACAUUGCUUAAUUGAAAAUUCAUCAGUGUGAGUUUCACAAUUAAAGAAAUCAUGGGAACCCAUUGGAAUUGGAAGAAAACGCUCCAAGUGCUUGUAAUACUAUUUAUGAGCAAUUUGAAUGCAGACGCCAUCGAUAUUGACCGAAUAUGUCCACGAAUGCUGCACAAAGUGUUCAAGGGAUAUGCACCAAUUGGUAAUAAAACAGCUGGAACAUACAAAGAAUUUCUCAAAGCGUCUGGCAUUGAAACAUGUGCCGUUCAAUGUUGCAUGCAAAAAACCGAAUGUAAUGUUGCAUUUGUUAUUGAUAACAAAUGUUUUCAUGUAAAGUGCAUUGAUGACGAAAAAUGCAUGCCUUUAGAAAGGACAAACAUGGCAUUUAAAUUGAAAAUGGUUCUGGUGAAUCCAGUGGCAACAGAUGCAUCUUGGAUUGAUUUGUUAAAGAUAAAAAAUUUCGAAACAAACUACAAAUCAAUGGAUUUGCCAAUCGAUUCAUCAGAAUUGAGCGUUACCGAUCACAUUUAUCCGGAACAUUUGUCUUAUAACCCGAAUUUUAUGGAUAAACAACUGAGCGAUGCACUCGAUGAUCGUGCUUAUGGUUUUGCACGCUUCAAUGAUCCGUAUCAAUACGAUAACGAUUUAGCCGCCGAAGAAUCAAAGAUGUCAAUUGUACAAGAAGCUCAAUGUACAAUAAAUGGAAAGUCAUGCGGCGAGAAUGAAGCAUGUAUGCAAUUGGAUACAAAAUCACCAUUGGGGAUGUGUCGUUGCAAUAUCGGUUUCAUUCGAAAUCAAUAUCAAAAGUGUAUUCCAGAUGAACCAAAUCUAUCUUAUAAUCCGAGUAACUUUGAUGAGAAAAUGAUGAUGAUAAAGCAGUUAACAGAGAAUCGUGAGGAUCCGGUUGUCGAUAGUUCAGAAAUCGAUCCAAAGAGACACUCACUGUCCGUAUCGGUUGUAUCAAAAAUCGUUCAAUUGCCAGAUAAAAAAGCAACAUUGAGCGCAUUUCCAGUUCCUGACGAACAAACAACAGGUGUAGCUUACAAUUAUAGCUGGUCUUUGAUCUCACAGCCAAGCGGCGAUAACAAUGGAACUAUGUCGGAUAAAACAAAAAGUGAAAUUGAGUUAACCAACCUGUCGGAGGGGCUUUAUAGGUUCAAGGUGGUUGUAUCUGGUAAAAAUUGGAAAGGAGAGACAUUUGCGAAUGUUACUGUGCUUCCAGAGAAGCGAUUUAAUAAAGCACCAAUAGUCAUUAUUAAACCAGCAACGCAAAUCAUCAAAUCACCAACAAAUUCAGCUAUUUUGGACGGAAGUGCAAGCACCGAUGAUGAUCAAAUAAAAACAUGGCACUGGGAUUUGAUUCAAGGUCCGAUAAAUUAUACACCAGUUUUGAGCGAAACCAGUACGUUGCAGCUCACAAAUUUGACACUGCCCGGAUGUUACCAAUUCAAAUUAACCAUCACGGACUCGGAUAAUAUCUCUAAUUCAACAACAGCAAAUAUCACAGUUUUAAAGGCCACAGACUAUCCACCAUCGGCAAACGCAGGUCAACCGGUAAUUCUAUACUUACCACAAAAUAAUGUAACACUUAAUGGUUCACUCAGUACUGAUGAUCACGAGAUUACGGCAUGGGAAUGGACAAAAGAUUCAUCGGAUGUAGCAAAGGCGGUUGAUAUGCAAGACACACGAACACCAUUCUUGCGUUUAUCCAAUUUAGAAGAGGGCAUUUAUACAUUUGUAUUGAAAGUCACCGAUGCAAGUAACCAAUCAAAUACGGCGAAAGUUUCAGUGUUUGUUAAGCGACCGUCUAAUAAACCACCUCAAGCGAAUGCCGGAUUGAAUGUAACGGUAGUUCUUCCACAGACUUGGGUGACUCUGAAUGCCUGCAAUUCAACUCACGAUGCAAAAAUCAAUAGCUAUGAAUGGGUGCAGUUGAACGGCCCAACUACGACGAAUAUUUUAAAUAAAAAUCAAGUUGUAGCAAAUGCCACUGGUUUAACCAUUGGAACAUACACCUUCGAGGUUCACAUUGUAGACGAUAGCAAUAAUAAUGCAUCGUCGAAUGUCUGGGUCACUGUAGUUCAUGAAAAAAAUACACCUCCCGUGGCACAUGCUGGUGGCGAUCAAACGGUUACAUUACCAACAAAUGCCAUUUAUAUGAAUGGUUCGAAGUCAACUGAUGAUUUGGGAAUCGUUAAGUAUACGUGGUCACGAGAAAGUACGAGUUUGGCCAUUGGUUCGAUUGUUGGAAACACAGACCAUGAGCCGGUUUUGAUUAUCACAAACAUUGUCGCUGGCCGAUAUGUAUUCAAGUUAACAGUAGAAGAUGCACAAGGAUUAACUAGUACCGAUACAGUCAGUGUGAUUGUUCACCCCGAUCCGUUGAUAUUGAAUUUGGUCGAAAUCACAUUCACAGUUGGUGUUUCUGUAUUGACCAAAGCCGAAGUUCAAUCACUACAGCAAAAGCUAGUUUUUCUAUUGGGAAAUAACAUAAAAUUAAUCGUUCGUGAUUUACGAAUUGAGGAAAAGACGGGCGAAGCUAUACUUAUUUUUUACAUCGAACAAGUGACGGGACAAAAGGAGAAUCAAAUUCUCAACGGUUACGAUGUAGAGGUAUCGCUAAAAGAUAAACUUUGGAGUGGCAGCAACAUCGUUGGAAUGCCAAUAUCCGACAUUCGAACAACAGUUUGUCAAAAUAAAUGCUCAGGUCAUGGAGUUUGUAAUUCAGAUACACGAGCUUGCAUGUGCAAUACAUUUUGGAUGCCGAAUUUAUACUAUUUCUGGGGUAUUGGUGAGGCCAAUUGCGAUUGGUCAAUUUUGUACGUAGUGAUUGGGGUGUUUAUUAUGUUUAUACUAAUAUCAGCAAUAUGCUUUGGAUUAACUCGCUAUUGUCGCACAUCAAAGCCCAGAACACGGGCCAAAGCACAAAAAUACGCUUUGCUUGAAUCACAAGACACCGAAAAUCCAUCGUUGAAUCGUGUAGUUUCAAUGCUCGACGAAUCGGACUCAGAUUCCGAUGUGUUAUUUGAAAAUCAAAACAAAUCGAAUGGUGUGCAUCGCAGCAAUGGAACAUUGAAAAAUGGUCAUAAAACGUACACGACAACGCGUAUGGGAAGAAGAAUCAAAGCGUAAAACUCUAUGUACAUUCCAUUUAAAUUGCACAAUGAUGGCCUUCAUUGAGUUGUUGUUCAUUAAGACAGUUUUAUAGUGAGAACGAAUUUUAAGUGAAGCGUAUUAUUUAACUAACUUUUUUAUCUGUGUGAUGCCCAAACUUAAUUUUUUUUUUUUUAAAGUGUUUUUAUUUAAGUAAUUUUAGUUCAAAGAUUGUUGAAAUCAACACCAGUUUUUAAAAGAACCUAAAACAAUCUAGUCUGUGAGCGGUAUUUUAACUAAAUGUCUAUUGUUUACUGAACAAAAUGCUUCGAACCAAAAAUUUGAAACAAAAAAAAAGUAUUGUAAAAAUAGCUUGAAACCUGUGAACAAAUCCAAUAGCUUAAACAGCAUAUUUGUUACUCUGCAUAGUAAGAAAAAAUACUUAAAUACUAUUGAAAUUCAAUCGCCAUCGAAAUAACGAAAUAUUCAAGUUAGUUCUCUCUGAUUAUGGGUUUGCAUUGUGAUUUAUUUUUGUUUUCACAAACAGUAGGUAUAAUUAGAAACGACGUUUAAGUUUUUUACGUCUUUAAAUUAUUGUCGAUAAAAUAAUUUUCAAAAUAAAAUGCAUUUCAAAGAGAA